AUGGAGCUGCUGUGCAACGCCCCGGCACACACCACCGUCCCAGACAGGUACGUCUUCCCGCCGGAGAAACGCGCCGCCCUGCAGCUCGACAAUGAUCUCACCCCCGAUGACAUCACGCUCCCUAUCAUCGACCUCCACCAUGGUGCCCUCUCCGACGACCGGCGCAGCCAGGUUGCCGCCGAAAUCAUCGCCGCAGGCAAGGAGUUCGGCUUCUUCCAGGUGGUGAACCACGGCGUGGAGGAGGACGCCGUCCAGGCGUUCCGGGACGCGGCCGCGGGGUUCUUCGCGCUGCCGGCGAAGGAGAAGCUUCCCUACUGCUCCUACGACAUGAGCAAGCGAUUCCGGCUCGCCACCAGCACCUCCUACGACCGCGGCGAGACCCGCUACUGGCGCGACUACGUCAAGUUCCGCUGCUACCCGGCCUCCGACGACAACGUGCGCUGCUGGCCGUCCAAGCCGGCGAGCUUCGCGCCCCGCCUCAUCGAGUACUGCGAGGCGGUGCAUGUGCUGGCGCAGACGCUCCUCGAGCUCGUCGCCGAGGGCCUCGGCCUCGACGCGGGCUUCUUCGCGGGUGACCUCAGCGGCGGCGACACCCACAUGAGCGUCAACUACUACCCGCCAUGCCCGGACCCGAGCGUCACCAUGGGCCUGCUCGCGCACUGCGACCGCCACCUCCUCACCUUGCUCUCCCAGGCCGACGUCGCGGGCCUCCAGGCCAGGCACGACGGGAGGUGGCUUCUCGUCCGCCCCGUCCAGGGCGCCUUCGUCGUCAACUUCGGCCACCAGAUGGAGAUCGUCACCAAUGGGGUGCUCGCCAGCGUCGAGCACCGUGCCGUCACCAACUCUGUCGCAGCGAGGAUGUCGGUGGCCUCGCAUGUGCACCCCACGGACGGGUGCCUCAUCAGGCCGGCACCGGAGCUAGUGGAUGAGGCGGAAAACCCACCGAAGUACAGGGAGUUUCUGUUCAGCGAGUUCAUGGAAGCCUAUGACGCCGCCGACGCCAGCAGGGAGGACGUGCUCGACUCCUUCAAGAUCCGCCGCGACUAG